AUGGACAAACACGCGAAGGCAUCGAAACUUCCUUCGGGGGGGAAGGGGGAUCGGCGUUUAAGCAUGUUCGAGAAAGACAACUAUACUCAGAUCGUAAAAGACAGAAUGAGAAGUUCAAGCCAUGAAGUUCACGGUACGGAACCAAUGGAUGAUGAAUCGUUUGCAGAGUUUGGGAAAAGUGAAAUAUUUACAUUGAGGACUAGCAUGGCAAAAAUAAGAUAUGCCAAUACAUACAAAAUGGAGCCAUAUAGGAAAUUCCAGGCUCAUUUAGUAAGAAACAAAGCUCAACAUAUACUAACGCAGCGACUUCAAGAAACCAAGUAUAAUGGUGCGACUAGUAGCUUCUUGUGUAAUUCAGUCUCAGAAGAAAUAUUAACAGCUGUCAAGGACAUGGGCUUUGAUCGCUAUAAGUACGUAGUAACAGUCCUAAUCUUGCAAAAGACUGGUCAGGCAAUAAAAAUCUCCAGCAGAUGGGUCUGGGAUGUUGCAAGGGACAACUGGGUUUCAGCUAAAUGUGAAACAGAAUCUUUUGUUUCAUUGGCUUUGAUAAUGGCUUGUUACUAUGAGUAG